AUGAGCGAUCUGAUCACUGGUCACGACAAGUACCGGUAUCUGGUUGGUUCGAUUUUGGGGAAGAUUGGGUUUGAAGACGUUGAUGCGAUGCAGGUUGAGGAGCAAGUCAAUGCAUUGAAGGUGGUCGAGCGCAAGGAAGAAGAAUUGAAGAUGCGGGACAAGGAGCAGAGUGAGAAGCCGAAGGAACAGAUUGGAAAGCCGAAGGAACAGAUUGAGAAGCCAAAGGAACAGGUUGAGAAGCCGGAGGAACAGAGUGAGGAGCCGAAGGAACAUCUUCCUUUCGAGUUCACGAGUCCAGAGACAUCUUCACGUCCUCCGCUAGCGCAGUCCUCUAGCUCUAGAACGGUGGUACCUACCGAAUCGAAGGCGAAGGCGGAACCUCUCGAUGCACUGUCUGAUUCUUCGGAUGACGAAUAUGUCUUGAGAAAUGGACGAAUUACUAUGACGGAUAUGGAGAAGGAAGAUGCACUCCCUCUUCCAGCACGCCCAGCUGUUGUGCAGCAACCUGCUGUAUUGAUCGAGCAAAUGGAGGCAUUCAGCUUGAAGCCAAAUAUCGAAAUGUCGAUUGCCAAGACUGAGUCAGAUACUGAGUCUCUCGCUUCACUCCCGCUCGCGGAUAUGUGUGAAGUCGAGCCACUGCCCGAACCAGAACUAGAGAACGAGAGGGUGCAGUUUGGGUCGUCAGUUCGAGGCUUUGAGCUGACGUGGGAGACACGCUGA